CACCACUCACGGUUAAGCGUAAAUACUUUUACAAGCCGUUUUCGGCUUUAUACUGUUAUCUGUGUUAUGCUUGCCGCUGUCGACUGUACCUCGAUAAAUAGAUAACAUUUAUCUAGUUGUGAAAAUGAAUAAACAAUCAGUUGUUGAAACGCAUUGUCAUAUGUCGGACGCGUUAAUAAUGUUAAGUGAUCGUAAAUGAAUGCUUAGAGUGCGUGAAUUCUAAUACGAUCAAGAUGACCAGGUCGAGCUACAGGCCCUUGGUUCCGAGGUCGUCGAAUAAUUCUUUAGAAAAUCGCGAAAUAGGGACGACGUCCCCUCCCGGAGAGCCGUUGGUGCGUGCUCCAGCUGGCAAGCCGCGAUGUCCUCCCGCCAUAUCGCGGCUGCGAGUGGAAAAAGUAGAAGGUGGUCUAGCGGUCGCUGGGGUGGUAGUUGCCGCCAAUUGCCAGAUCAUUCUUCCUAUCUUUGGGUUCCUGUUUAUGCUGGUUGGAUGCGUUCUUACUGCGGCGUCGUAUCGCGGUUGCGGUGAAAAUGAGGAGCCUGACCACUACGCAGCGAGGAUCGCGUUCACGGGCAACUCACGUGUCCUUGGCCCUGUUUGCAUUGUCGCGGGCGCUCUUAUGACAAUAGCUGGUAUUGUUUUAUGUAUGUUGAUGCGAGCCGCUCAACGCCGACAGCGAAGACUGGCUUUCCAUUGUCCCAUACACGGGGACUUCUACCCCCUGAGUCCACAGAAUAGCAGAAAAUACUCACGUAGUCCUAGUGGUCUGUAUCGUUGGUUGCGUGGUUGGCUCGGUAUGAUAGAGGAGGGCGAGACGCCACGCUGUCCGCGUUCUACGGAGCCCGCCUCGCCAGCACGGGCCGACGCGCCGUGCCCGCCUCCAUUACCCUUCUUAGUACCUAGUGAUUCAGUUGUAGGAAUGGCGUCAGUGCUCGGAGCGCCGUUAAGUCCAGAGCAAACAUUCGGUUCUAUCAAAUCGCUCGCCAUUUCAAGGGAGGUCGCCAGUUUUCCAUUGUCUCGGUCCCCUACUCCACCUCCGUUAAGCUAUCCAACUUUCAAAGACGAGUCGAAAACCAUCGAGAGUAUCCCGAAUUCUGUGCCCCACUCGGACUUUGAUUGCGGGACAACGAACUGCAACUACCGUGUAGAAUGUAAACUAACGACCACAGACGAAAUAUGUCACAGUGCUCCAACUAAGAGUAUAUACACAGAUAAUAAAUACACAGAUAAACAAAGACCUGCGACAGUGUGCAUCGUGAUGCCAGACGGGAAAGGUUAAAUGACAUUUACUAGAUAAUAAACAGUGUUCAAAUUUGUAAUGGCUGUUCGUUUUGGCAACUGAUUGAUUGCUCGUACUUUUUUUAAAAGUGUAGCAUAUAUUUAAAGUGUGUAGGUGACUUUUGGUUGAAAAGGUAGAAGUCGUAAGAUGAGACCAUUCCAUGUGAGGUACGGAUGGUUUAUUUUUUUAAUCUGUAAUGUGGCUAUAACAAUUUUCGAUUCUGCUCAAUCACAUUGGUCUUCCGCUAUCGCUUAUUCGGUAAUUUUUAAAAAUCAAUGUUGCAGUGCUUUUUUUUAUUUGAUGAACUUUUUGCACGAUCAAUGUUGGAUGAUGACAUGAUGCCAACGCAUUUAUUUCUGGAGAUUUAAUUUCUUCAAUUUUAGCAAUAAAGUUAAACACUAUUUGAUAUCACAAUAAUUUGCUGCACAUAAUUUUCAUUACAACUCUUAUAACUCUUUUUAAAAAUAUUUUUAAGACAAUGAAUAGAUUUAAAUGCUAACUUAACGUAAAAUCGAAACUACCCACUGUUUGUAAUACUCAUCAUAGGUUAUUAAAAAAAAACACUCAUCUCUAAUUGAGUGUUUUUUUAUGUUCCUUUUUUUAACUUUAUGUUAAAUAGAUGUCCAAUACUAAAGUACUAAAACACGCCUGGUUUUCGCUAAUGUGAUUGAAAACACUAAUUUGUCGUAAAGCAGGUAAGAAUCUGCGAUAAAAAAUUAUUUCGCACUUAUUUUCAUCAAACUGACAGUCUAGUCUAUAGCACCUAAUUUAUUGUAAUAGUAACAUUACCGAUGUUUUGUCUAUUAAAUAGUGGUCACGUACGAUUUUUGGCUCAGUAGAAUAAUGUUGUUCCUAAUUUGAAAAUAAAUAUAUUAGUACAUUUGUUCUUUUAUUUAAACGUAUAUAAAUUAAAUUUAAUAAAGUUUUGCUAAGGGUCCAAUUUUCCGUUAUUUGUAUGUACAAUUGACAUAAAUAUUAAUUUCAGUAGGCAUUUUUAAGUGCUGUAUUAUUAUUAAUUUCUGUCAAAUAUUCUCGAGACAUAUGAUCGAUGUUGGUCAGUAAUACUAAUAAAUGGUCGCUAAGAUAUAUUUUUAUUAGAUACAGAAGUAAUGCGUGAGUAACCGUUCUAAAGAUGCGGAGAUUCUACGAUUAUAUUUACGUUGAUAUUUUUUUAUUGUUUAAUUUUAUAGUCGAUCAACUUUUAUUGCGUGCAUCCUAAAUUGUUAAUGUCAAAGUUUAAUACAAAAUAUAAUACUUAACGAAAACGGGAAAUUGGGUGUUAGUGGCAACACUUGUUUUAGAAUAUAGAUAACAUAAUAUUACUGUCCUAUUGUAAGAAUAGUUACACGUAAACAGGUAUCUUAGUUUUAGACCCGAAUUGUGAUAUUUUCGUUUAUUUUAGCAUCGUUGUUAACUUUAAAAAAACUAUAACUGUCAUAUUCAUUAUCUAUAGUCUAUAAAGUGUUUUAUUUGAUGAAAAUGUAAUAAUUAAUUCUCAUAUAUUUUGGGGAAGGAGCCAAAAAUGUUGCCAAAAAUCAUAUUUCACGUCCACAAUAAAAGUUUUGUAUCGUUUUAUUCAAUAAAUAUAUGCUCACAAAAGACAAUGGUGUUGAGAAUUUGUGUAGACAAUGUAGAUCACACGUAAUUAUAGAUAAUAAUUUUAGGCUAGAAAUAUUAUGAACAGUUUCGUUUCGUGAUGAUGGCAUUUAUUGGCCGUGUUAUAUUGAAUAUGUGUAAUGUAAUUUUUUAUAAUUCAUAGAUAAGUGCCACGCCUAAGUAAUAUAUUAUAUACAUAAUUAAUUAAGCUUAUUUAAUAUUGUUAUAGCAGUAAGGAUGAAGUGAAAAUACAAAUUUGAUUUUAAA